AUGGCAACCAAAGCUGCCUUCAAACGUCUCACUCGUGAAUAUCAAAACAUUCAGAAGGACCCGACACCAUUCAUUGUGACACAUCCAUCCGAGACGAACAUUCUCGAAUGGCACUAUAUUCUUACAGGCCCUCCGGGAACACCUUAUGAAAAUGGACAAUACUGGGGCACAUUAAUCUUCCCUCCGGAAUAUCCUUUCGCCCCUCCUGCCAUCCGCAUGCACACACCCAGUGGCCGAUUCCAGCCUUCGACUCGCCUUUGUCUGAGCAUCAGCGAUUUCCACCCCAAGUCCUUCAACCCCGCUUGGGAAGUUUCGACGAUCUUGAUCGGCCUUCUCUCAUUUAUGACCAGUGAAGAGAUGACCACAGGCAGUGUUAGCGGCACGGAGAGUGAACGCAGAGUGCUUGCCGCGCGAUCUCGGUGGUGGAAUUCAACUGGAGGAGGUUCUCACAUCAGCGCCACCGCAGGCGUGACUCGAACUUCAAAGGGAAUCAACAAUGUCAAGGCAGGAGAUGGAGGUUUGAAGUUCCGCACCGAAUGGCCCGAACUAGAUCAGGAGAACUGGGCUUGGAUGAAAGAACACCGCAUCGAUGCCUCUACUGGCCAGAUCUUGCCUGACCCUGAUGCGCCAACCAAGUGUUCUCCCGAGACCAGUGCUUUACGCCGACGACCCAUUGGCAGUGCACAUGGGCUCGGUACUGUCAUGGAUGGUGGACAAGUCGCAAGAGAGGCCGGUCAAGGUUGGGCUGGACGAAACAAAGUAUGGAUUGGUGUGGCCCUCUUCUUUGGUUAUGCAUUGAUCUCACGACUUUUGAAUGAUGUACGAGCAUGA